CCCAGCCUGCAGUUGCCAGUUCUUCUGGAAGCAGGCCCGGCCAGUCAGCUGCGAUGAGCCACUAGUUCUCGGUAGGACAAGCGUGACAUGUUCACAGAGAGGAAGGCUGUAAACAGUCUUCAAGGCCAAGUAGGUUUGAAGGAAUUCUAAUUGUUGAGAUUAUGGUUCUUUGAAGGCUCACUUAGCCCAGCUUUUGGAUGAAGGAAAGAAGAAGACAAGGUCCUCUAAGAAGAGUAAAAAGCACCCUUUAAAUAGGCAUUCAGAAAUGUUUGCUGAUGCCAUGCCAUUACUGAGUAAUCAGCAGAAGUGUGUUGGAAAAACACCCGUCAGUGACUUCACAAAAAAGCCACAGUCAGACAGACAAUCUACAGCUUUUCCAGAGGCAUGGGGAAAUGUAGAUGCAAGUUCAGCUGAGAAAGUCAGAGGCCUGCCUGAUGUAGUUGCAGUUCCAGAGGAAACAGGCAGCAGUACAUGGAAGAACGUAGCAGAACGACGGCAAAAGCGUCACGAUGGAGCAGUGAUGGAAAUGCAGCAGGAGCUGGACUGCAUUGGCAGGGAGAUGGAAGCCUCUGUUUUGAAUCUUCAAGAAUUCCUUCGGCUUGAAGUGAUGAAAUCAGAUGAAAAGAGUAAACUUCUGUUUGAAAAGAUUGCGUCUGACAUGGCUUUGGAAAGCUUCUCAUUUGAAGGUUUGGAAGAACUCUGGAAUAUGAUCCACGAGGAGUCCUCAAACAGAAGGAAGUGGAUUAGGGCAGUGGACGAAUCCCUGAAGGAGAUUGAAAGGAGUCGAGCCAUGAAAAUAACAGAUGUACUCACCAAGUAUACCAUGAAACUGGAGGAAAUUUCGUUCUUCUUGGCAGCUGAUGUUCACAAGCUCAUUAACGAUAAGGCCAUGAAUAUAAACAGAGCACUGCUGGGUAAUGAGAGGGCAACUGCCAAGCUGCUCUUUAAUCUAAUGAAAUCAGAGCUAGAGAAAGAAAAAUUGCAUCAACUGAAAUGGCAAGAGAGAGUCAAGGACUGGAAGCUCAUCCAAAAGAAUUGCGUAGCUCAGAGCUUCAGAGAAUUUAUGGCAAGUGAAGAAAUACAUAAUCCCCCAGCUGUGAAAAUGGAAAUGGAAAAUAUGAUAAAGGAGCAAAUUGUCCUUAGUGAACAGAGACUGAGGAUUUUGCAGCACAUUGGCGCCUUGUUGCCUCCAACAUAUACAAAAUCUGACAUAAAUGAAUGGUACAGAACUCUGGAGAAUUUAAACAAAAGUAUAGACACCCAUAAUGCAGAGUGCCUGGAGAAAAUGCGUGUCCAGUAUGAGCUGGUCCAGGGCAAAUGUCAGGAAAAAGUACAGUCCUGCAAGAUGACCCUGUUGGAUAAGAACAUUUGCCCAAUAGAAGGUGUUGAAGUUGUACAUUCCAACAUGCUUCAGAUGACUGAGAAACUAAAACACAGGUUUGAAGAAGAACUGGAGCACAUGGAUAGUGAUUUUAAGGAGAUGGCUAAAUGGCAUGAGCAGCAUUGUCAAGCCUUGUACAGCUGUGUUCAGGAGGCCAUGGAUCUCUGGGAUGUCCAUCUACUGAAACUGUCCCAGCAGGAAGAUGUACUUCAGGAAAAAGUAGAUAAAUACAGAUUUGAACAGGAUAACAUAAUACAGGUGAUGAAAGAUGAUCUGGGUACAAUUUUGGAAAAAAUGAAAAUGGCGAGCUGUGAAGAAGAGCUGAAGGAAUAUUUGGAGAACGCCCUUUCUUCUUUAGAUCAAAUUAGAGCUAGGAAUGAGGCAUUCAAGCAGAUUGUCAUGAAUGAAGUAAUGGCUUAUCCAAAAGCUAUUUUGUGGGAGUUGAUUUCUUACAGUAUAUCCAUCAGCCAGCAUUUUAGUGUGAAGGAAAUCUUCAAACAGAACUUGCAAGGCACAACAGACUCCACAGGUCAAGAUCAAAAUAAUACCCCAACAGUCCAAACAGGGCUUGAGGCAAGGACAUCCCAGCCCAGAGCAGAGCAGGACGAUCACCUCUCUCAACUGGUGCAGGAAGAUAGGGACAGUUGUCAAAAAUCAGCUGGAGAAACAAAGCUAACAGAGAAACAGGUGAUCUUGGCACAGGAAAUUGAAGGAACAGAGGAAGAAGAAGAUGAGGAGAGUAUUCCUCAUAAAAGUGAAGAAAAUGAGCAUGCACAACAGGGACUAAGCAUUACACAGUCAGUGUCCAAGAGCAGCAAGGCAGAAAGUGCUGAAAUUGCCACAGAGGUUUUUUCCACUGCUAGUGGAAACACUUACACUGUUGAAGAGGCAGGAAAGACUGACAUCACAGAGAGUUAUUUUACAAAAUACGAAAAAGAAGAAUCACUUCCUAUGCACCUGAAAUAUGUACUUCUCACAGAAGCCGUAUUUGUUGAACUGAAAAAAAGGAUUCGCCUCUGCUUUUUUGAACACUUGGAGGACUGGUUUGCAGAAUCCUUGUCCAACUCCUAUGUCUUUGUAGCUGCCAAGAAAGAAGAGCUGAAUUCAAUACUUAUGCUGCAUCUUAAGUUGCAUCAACAAAAGCAGGAGGAAAUACAGACAAAUAUCUACAAUGUUCGAGCUGCGGAGCUGUCACUUCACAAAGAGCACCUUGAGUGCCACUGUGCAGUGCUGGCAGAAGGCCUGGAAAAGGAGAAAGCUGAAUUCCUCCGCUUCUCGGACCAGCUAAAUAACCUCAACACAAACUUUCAUUCCCGAGUCCGUGACUUGGAGUAUGACUUGCUCCACGCUCCUGUGACUGAGCAGUCAGCUUCUUCCAGCAGUAAUCUGGAAUCAGAGCUCCGCAACCAUCUGGAAUCAAUCAGUGUUACUGUGAGAAGUUACCAGCAGCACUUGGAGGAAGCUUUAGGAAAAUUAAGGGAUUCAAAUGUGGGUUUUCUCAAAAGUUGCAGAUUAUUUUCAGAGAGUGGUGACUUUGCAUCUGAGGAGGUAAAGUUUUUUAAUGAGUGUCUUCAGAAAGAAACUAAGCAAAUUGACUCCUUUGAAAGAGCAAUCAAGAUAGAUGUGGAGAAAAUAAAAUUAAGCUGCUUGCAGCAGGCUACUGAACUUUUCAAACAGUCUGGAAAAAAGUUUGAUUCCCUGUCUCGGAGUCGAGCCUUUAUGGAGAAGGUCCAUCAAUAUUUGAGAAAGCUACAACAGCAAAUCAAAUCAGAGGUAGCGAAUUCUAAUUUGCAGUCAGUCACAUUAAAGUCUUACCUGGAAAAGCUCCAGCAGAAGAGAGAUGCUUAUGUUCAUUCUACUGCAGAUAAAGAAGUAACUUCUAAUCAGCAUGACAUGGCUUUAACUUCUGAAGAGUUGUAUGCUUUUGCCAGAGAGGUGUUGGAAGAGCUGAAAAAGAGGAGCAAGUAUCUUGACUGCUUUGUAGUAAAAUCAAAGAUCCCACGUGCCACCGAGGCCUUCACCACUCCUGACACCGGUGGGACAUUGCAAGAGGACUUCACCACUCCUGACACAAAUGGGAGGUUACAGGAUUUCAUUGCUCCUGCUGUUCCAAAAGAGAGUCUCAGAGAUGGGAGCAAAAGGAUGGUGAUGGGACUGGAUUCUGACAAAUUCCCUUUGUUAAAUCCAAGCGGAAUGGAUACAUCAAUAUUUGAUGAUUUGGCAAUAAAAGUUAUUGAAAAUUUAGCUGGAUUUGACCCAUCAAAAAAAUACCAAGACUUAAAUUGGAAGAAAAAGAACCCAGUUCUUCCCCCAGUAAAAAAGAAGGUAUCUGAUGCACAUUCUCAGAAGUCUACUAGCAAGAGGUCAUCUCAGGAUGAAACCAAGCGAAAAAAAAGUGAAAAAGGCAGACAAUCUCUUACCAAGGACGAGAGAUCCCAGAUAUUUGGAAAGAAGGCUACAAAGUCUGAUACUUUUAAGGGGAUUAUUAUGAAUAUUCUCUGGAAUGGUAACAACACCUUGCUCUGCCUUGGUGAGGAGUUCUAUGGAGAAAAGAAGAAUCCUCAUAUGGGAAUGCUUGAAGAUCUGCCAGGCACAUUUGAACACUGUGCAGAAAUGCUCAGAGUGAAACUCCUGUCAUACCAAAGGCAGACAGAUGAUUACUACAAUUUCUGUCUUAGAGAAUUUCGGGAUCAGCUGAAGUGGUUUGAGGAGGAGCUCUCUUCUGUUUCUCAACUGGUCGUGGAAAGUCUUUUAAAAGAACAUGAGCAGAAGCUCAGCUCUUUUACUGGUCAUAUUCAGCAUCUCUUCAACAGGCAGCUGAAAGACUGGGGGGAUGUGAAGACUGUGCACUGGAGAAAAUUACAUUACUCCCUAGGACACCCAAAUAACUCCCUUCAGCUGGAGGUUUUGUGCCAAGAGGAAAUAAAAAGGCAAAAAGAUCAAACUGAUGGUGUUCACCUCAACACAAAGAUGCUGCAGGAUUGUGCUGCUGAGUGUGCUCAGAGCUUUUUUUCUGCACUGGCUGCCCUCACUGAAAAGCUCCUCUUGGAACUAGAUGAAACCAUCACUGUUGAUGAUGUAAAAGAAGCAGGAACUGAAAUACCUAGAGAGAAGAUGCCAACUUUAAUGUGUCGUAAAAAAACUGAACUUCCUCUAGGAACCUCCAAAGUUCAACAGUUAGUCAAACGAGGAAGGAGGACUUGGCCAGGAAUACCCAGGACUACUGUUCCCGACACUCCAGAGUAUAUUCUCUGCAGAGGAACUGCAUCAGUUUCAACAGCUAAGACUACCCUGGGCCAUCUGGCAGUGGUGGAUGCAAGACAGGCUGCAUAUAAGAAAUACAAAAAUAAAGUUGAACAGAUGUUUGCCCAGAUCAAGGAAGAAAGUGCAGCUCAGCUGCUGGCAAUUCAGCGUUGGAGUGAUUGGUGGGAAGAAUCUGUCCUGAAGAUAAAGCGACUCUACGUCUGAGAUCAGUCAAAUUUUGCUGAGCUUUGUUGGUGUAAAUUGACAAAUUUGUAUGAAUGUCACUGAUUUUUUUUCUUUUAUCUUAUUCAUCUCUUGCAUUGAAAGAAGCUACAUUUUGCCUUUUUGUUUGUUUUGCCAUGUUACCACUCAUUCCCUCAUGUGCAGUCUUAGUAUUACUACUAUACUCAUCUUUACAUAACCACCUGGUUUGGCUUACAGUAUCAUCUGUUACCAUUCACAUGUGUUUGUGCACAUGAGCCCUCUGUGCAAGGGCACUUAAUGCAUAUUUAUUAGCAGAGGUUACAGGAUUUUGUUGCAAUUUUGCCCCUGAGAGCUGGUUUGGUCUGAAAACUCCCCAAGGCGUGAAAGAGAACUAUCCCUAACAAACACUCUUUUGUCAAGGCCUCUGUGCCCAAGCACCUCUGCACGGAGACCUCUGAUUGGAGAUGGCCAGCCUGGAAAAGAUACACAUUUUAUGUUGUCUUGGUUCAACAAGCUUUGACUUGCCUACCCUUCCCAUUCCUUGCCUCUCCUCUCCUACCUUGUGUUGCCUACCCUUGCCUAUCACUUUUUUUCAUCGCCAUGCCUUGCCUGCCCCUCCCUUGCCUUGCCUUGCCUUACCUGUCCAUCUCUUGCCUUCCCUUCCCAUCCUUUGCCUUGCCCCUCUGUUACCCCUUACUUUCCUUGCCAUGCUUUGCUCCUCCCUUGCCCCACUCCUUCCCUUUUCCCCUUCCCUGCCUUGUAUUGACUCACCCUUCCUAUGCCUGGCCUUGCCUUGAUUUACCUUGCCCCUCUGACUUACCCCUCCUUGCCUUUCCCUGCCUCCAUCUUGCCCCUCCCUUGCCUUGCCCCUCUUGUGUUUUCUCACCUUGCCUCUCCACUCUGUUGCCUUUCUUUUCCUUGCUCAUCCCUUGCUUUGCAUUUGUUUUCCUUCCUUUGCCCAUCCCUUAGCUUGCCCUUCCCUUGCCUUGCUGAUCCUUGCACCCCCAUGACCCCACUUGCAUUGCCUACCCUUGCCCCUCUCUUGCCUUAGGUUCGCUUUCCUUUAUUUGCCCAUCCCAUGCUCCACUCUUGCCUUACUCCACUCUUUCCUUUCCCUUGUCUUUCCUUGCCCCUUCUUUGCCUUUCCACUCCCUUGCCUUGCCUACCCCUCCAUUGCCCUUUCUUACCUACCUCUCCCUAGCCUUGCUGUCAUUUUCCUUUCAUUGCCCCUCCCUUGCCUUGCUUGGCAUCUCCCUUGACCCUUCUUUCCUCUCUACUGCCUUGCCUUCCUUCCCCCUCCACUGCCUUUUCCCUCUCUCAAUUACCCUGCCUUUGCUUUCCUUCCUUUGCCUAUCCCUUGCCUUGCUGACCUCCUCCCUUUACUUUCUUUGCCUUGCCUUAACUUGCUGUUGCAUUUCUCCUCCUUGCCUUUCGUUGCCCCUCUCUUGCCUGCCCUUGCCUUGUUUUGCCCCUCCGUUGUUUGGCUUUUCCUUCUCUUGCCUUACCUUGCCCCUCCAUAGCAUUGCCCCUCCCUGUCCUUCCCUUACCCCUUCUUUGCCUUAUCCCUUCUUGCCUUGCCUUUCCCUUGACUUGCCUUCUUUGGACUUGCUCCAUGUAGGUUUAGGUUUCUCAGUGAAUUUCUUCCCACUGUUAUCAGGAAGACCCUGGAAGGGGGAGGAGUUGGCUUUCUGGGUGAAUAUUCAGUGGUCAAGACACAAAAGGAAGUGGCCAAUGGUCCUGGCAUUCCAGUGGAGUAGUUUUGGGGUUGGGGAGUUUUGGCUGGUGGAUGGGCUCUUCAACUGGGGUUCUUCAGGAGAUCUGACUUGGUGCCGUGAAAGGUCUGACCCGAGACUUGGCUGCAGGUGAGUCCUUCCUUUGGCUGGGGGAUCCAUAGCAAUUGUAUGGUGUGCUCUCUGGAGCCGGGCAGUCUCAACCUGGUCUCUUUCUGCACAGUAGCUCAGCACCCUGAAGGAGCCCUGUCUACCUCCCCCAGCUUGUGCCUGCCGCUGUUGGCAAAGCCAAGACCCUGUGAGUUUGCAGGAGGAGCAACUUUCUUCCUUCCAUUCCUCCCUGUGCCGGCUGCGAGAGGAUCACUGCAGCUUCUCCUGCCGGCUGCGAGAGGAUCACUGCAGCUUUUGUCACCCCGGAGCUGCCAGCUCUCCUGCCGGCUGCGAGAGGACCACUGCAGCUUCUGUCCCACCGGAGCUGCCAGCUCUCCUGCCGGCUGCGAGAGGACCACUGCAGCUUCUGUCCCACCGGAGCUGCCAGCUCUCCUGCCGGCUGCGAGAGGAUCACUGCAGCUUUUGUCACCCCGGAGCUGCCAGCUCUCCUGCCGGCUGCGAGAGGAUCACUGCAGCUUUUGUCACCCCGGAGCUGCCAGCUCCCCUGCCGGCUGCGAGAGGAUCACUGCAGCUUUUGUCACCCCGGAGCUGCCAGCUCUCCUGCCGGCUGCGAGAGGAUCACUGCAGCUUUUGUUACCCCGGAGCUGCCAGCUCUCCUGCCGGCUGCGAUGGAGCCAUUGCAGCCUCUGCUUCCCAGAGUGUGCCAGCACCCUCUGUCGAGCGUAGUCGUAACUACACUAAAGGGAGAAAAACUAUUUAGCGGGUGGGAAGUUUCUGUUACUGUCUUGUUCUUUGUCUUGUUGGGCUUUGUUUCUAGUAAAAGACUGUUAUUCUUUCUACUGUAUUUUUGCCCGGACGCCCCAUAAUUUUGAAGUUACAGUAAUUUGGAGGGAGGGAUCUUCUUUCCAUUGCAGGAAGGUUCCAUUGUAUUUCCUUGUCCUCCCUUUCCUUGCUACCCUACCUGUCCCUUACCCCCCCACUUGCCUUCCUUUGCCCCUCCCUUUACCCUUCCUUGCUUUGCCCCUGCCUUGCCCGUUUUUUUUUUUUUUCCUGUUCCUUUCCCCUUUCUUGCUUUGCACUGACUUGCCCCUCCUAUGCUCCUCCUUUGCCUCUCGAUUUCCCAUCUCUUGCUUGGCUUUUCCUUGCCUUGCCUUUUCCUUCCCUUGCAUUGCUUUCCCUUGCCCCCUGCCUUGUCCCUUCCUUAUCUUGCCCCUCCCUUGCCUUGCCCCUUCCUUAUCUUGCCCUUGCCUUGCCUGGCUUUCCAUUUCUUUACCUACCCCAUCCCUUCCUUGCCUUGCCUACAUGUCCCUUGUCUUGCCUACCCCUCCCUUGACUUUCAGCAAGGAAAUGCAAGGGAGGGGCAGGAAAGGAAAGUGAAGACAAUGGAGGGAUAGCUAAGGCAAUACAGGAGAGGUGUGGGGAAGGCUCCACUACUUCCUUGGACAGCCCAUUCCAGUAUCUAAUCACCAAGAAUUUCUUCCAUUAACAACCUAAGCCUCCCCUGCCACAGUUUAAGACUAUGUCCCUUUGUCCUAUCACUGCUUGCUUGGGAACAGAGCCCAACACCCAACUAGCCACACUCUUCUGUCAGGGAGUUGUAGAGAGCAUUAAGGUCCCCCCUGAGCCUCCUCUUCCCCAGCUAAACAGCCCCAUCUCACUCAGCCACUCUUCAAAAGACAGGCUCUUCAUGAGUUUCACUGCCCUUCCCUGGACACGCUCCAGCCCCUCCAGGGCUCUGUGGCCACGAGGGCCCAGAACUGGACCCAGCCCUCGAGGUCCCUCAGCAGUGCCAGCACAGGGCACAGCCACUGCCCUGGGCCUGUGCCCACAGCAGGGCUGGCACGGCCCAGGGGCCAUUGGCCUCCUGCCCACCUGGCCACACCUGGGCUCCUGUCCAGCCAUUGGCACCAGGACCCCCAGGGCCUUUCCUGACAGGGAUUCUCAGUCACCGCCCCAGCCUGGGGCUGCAGGGGGUUAUUGUGGACAAAGUGUAGGGAUCUGGCACUUGGCCUUGUUCACCCUCACACCACUGGUGUUGGCCCAUCAAUCCAGCCUGUUUGGGUCCCUCUGCAGGGCUGUCUUGGGGUGGUUUUCUAUUCCCUGAUCAUCUGCUUUAGGCCCAGAAAUGGUUGCUGUAGUUUUAAGGUGGGUCCAGAGAAGGGGGGAGCCUUGGGGGUCUUCGAUGUGCUUUAUUCAAAGCCUCACUGCCCAGGCAUCUGUCGUGCCGUGCAGACUGGGUUCCUUUUUUUGCUUACCUAGCUUGGGUUUAGGCAAGAAGUUGGUUUUCUUCCCUUUCCCUGGCCUUGGAGACAGCAGCAGCAAUAUUUCAGUGGUUUAUUUCUUCAAUUGGAUGGUUUAUUGGUUUGGUUUUGGUUUUAGAUCAGAGAGGACAAUCGAUGGGAGAUGAAUUGGCCAGGAAACAGCGGGAAGGCAAGGGGCUGCUCCAUCCCAGCCCCACUCAGAAAAUCCGAGUGAACAAGAGAAAGGACAUCAACCCAACAGCUUCAUCUGCUGUGAAGAGGAGACCCAUGCAAGAUAUUCACCAGAUUCUCAUCUGUUUUACCCAAGCUGCUGCAUGAACACUUUGGGAUUUUUUCCAUUCCCUGAGACAGGAGACACCACAUUUUUUUUUCUCCCCACCACACUGUAGGCAAUAUUGUGGGUGUUUUUUUCUUUCCCUGGCAUUUGUUUUUUCUUUUGUUCCAGUGUGGGUGUGUGUAUGAGAGGAGGGGAGGGUAAGCUCUGACAAUUCAAUAUUUAGCAUUUAUUCUGUUUUUUUCCCCCGUGCUGUGCUGUGUAGGCACUGUCAAGGCCCCUGGACAUGAACGCCAGCCCUUUUGCCUGUAAAACAAAAUUCACCCCACCAGAGUGUUGAUGUCAAUUUGGAGGAGGUGUUUGGCAUUGCCAGGGAAGCCUGAGUUGUAGGUGGUGGCAGGUUGGGUCUGGGAGAUAUCCUGCACUGAUUGGAAUUUUAGGAGGUGGCAGCCCACUCAGGGCCACAGGGCCCUGGACACCAAUUCUGGCCCUUUUCCAUGGGAACAAAACUCACCACUCCAUUUUCCUGAUGCCAGUUUGCAGGAGGCACUUGGCACUGCCGGGGCAGCCCGAGUUGUAGGUGGUGGUAGGUUGUGUGUGUGUGGAAAGGGGUAGGUCACAAAUCGCUGUUGCCUCAUUUUCUGUUUGUGAACUACCACGAACGUAAAGGAACUGCUUUGUCUCUGUCUCCAACUUGCUUUUUUGCUGCUAAUUGUUAUUCCCAGCUGUGUGUAGUAUUUUAUCACCUUAUUGAAUUACAUCGUCUCUAGUUCAGAUCUUUGUUCUUACUCGUCAGGAUUUGUUCAAUUCCAAUUAGAUCUUUCAAAAUGAUUACAGCCCUCACCUGGACAGGAUAUACAGUCCAACUAUGGAGAAAAUGUAAACAUAUGAGAAAUGUUUAUAUUUCCACAAAUAUGAGAAAAAUAUUCUGUAACUUAUUUUCUCAUAGAAGCAGUUCAGGACUCAGGAUGUAAGAAUCUGAAGGACUAACUGAUACUACUUUUGAGUGACAUUUUCUAAGCAUUUCAACAAAAUUUUGUAUAGCCAAUGCUGAUCUUGCUUAGGAGAGCAUUAGCUGAUGUAUUGUCAGAAGCUUUGCUGCAGUCAAGAUUCCAUCAUUUGGUUUUGAGAUGUUAUUGUUGAUUGUUAUUUAUCUUAUCAUCCAAAGCCUUACAAAUAAUUUGCUUAAUAAUUUCUUCCAGUAAUUUGGAAGAUACAAAUUUGUGUCUGAUACAAAAUAAGGCUGAUUGGCCUCUGAUUCUUAUCCUUUUCUGCUUUAGCACUGUUUGCUUUUUGCUAGUCAAAUGGAACCUCAGUAUCUUUUCUGAGUUCUUGAAGGGAAUUGCUAAUAGCCUUCAGAUUACUUAACCAUUUUUCUAAAUGUGUUGUCUAAAAUUGCAGAUGAUUUUUGUAAGCAUCUUAAAGUGUUUCUUUCUGUAGUUUUAGGUUAUUUGUUUGUAUGUUUGUGUGUUGGUGGGUUUGGAUGGUAGAAUUAAUUCUCUUCAUAGUGGCUGGUGUGGGUCUGUGUUUUGGAUUUGGACUAUUCACCUCCCCUGCAAAUCAUCUGGUUACAAUGGUUCUUUUCCUUUUUGCCAUGAUUGAAAUAUUGUCAGUCAUUCUGUAUCUUCUGUCUCUUUUUUCCUACCUAGGCUUCCUGAACAAACUUUCCAUUUCCAAUAACCAGUUAUGACCAUUUAUUCAUAAUUCUGGUAAUGAAUAAAAUUACUUUCAUUAUUAGCCACA